CUCAUGUUGAGGUCUCCAUGUUUCCCGGCAAAUCUGUUUUGAAUCUCUCUCUCUCUCUCUCUCUCUCUCUCUUAACGAUUGUAUUCUCUCUCUCUGGAAAAGACUCACUCUCCCUUAAUCCAUGGCCGACCUCUCCGAAAAUGGCUUCCUCAUGCCCAAGCAAAAACCACAAAUUUCUCCACCCCAAAGUCCACAAAGACUGAAAAUAACACUAAAUUUAGAAAAAAUGUUAGGAAAAUCUUCCAUUCUCACUCAUUUCUCUUGCAACAUGAAUCAUCCUGGUCAAUUGUCUAGAUUCUUCCCCUUCAAUUCUUAUGUGAUCGUUCCCCUUAACUUCCAAUGGGGUCCUCCCUCCCUUCAAUUCCUAUGUGAUUCUACCCUCAAUUCUGAUCUGGUUAUGUGAUUCUUCUUCAAUUCUAAUGUAAUUCUCCCCCCUUAAUUCUAAUGUGAUGGGGUGUGCUUCUUCGAAGCAAUUUCUUUAUGAAUUUGAUGAUUAUACUGGUGAAUUUAGAGAAAUAGAACAUGGGUCUCCUCUGAGGCAAUAUAAUGGAGAAUUGGAAGGACCCAUAAUCGGAUCCAAUGUAAAUGAUGCUGGGAAUGAUGAAAUAGGGAGAAUAAAUCAUGGGGUACCAAGAAAUUUGCCCAAUAAUACCGGGGCAGAGCAGAUUGCAGCUGGUUGGCCCCCUUGGUUGACUGCUUUUGCAGGGGAUGCAAUACAGGGAUGGGUUCCUAUGGGGCCCGAUAAUUUUUCUAACUUGAAAAAAAUCGGGCAAGGUGCAUAUGGCAAUGUGUAUCGAGCUUCUGAAGUUAGGAGUGGGAGGUUUGUGGCACUCAAGAGAGUAGGUUUUGACAAGUGCAUACCAGAGAGUAUCCACUUUAUGGCACGCGAGAUAAAGAUUUUGCGAAGAUUAGAUCAUCCGAAUAUUGUGAAGUUAGAGGGAUUGGUCCUUUCUCGCUUCUCUCGUAGCUUGUAUCUUGUGUUUGAAUACAUGGAACAUGAUCUGGCCAGGUUGUUGUCCCGUCCAAAUAUCAAGUUUAAUGAAUCCCAGAUUAAAUGUCUUAUGCAACAAUUAUUUCUUGGACUUGACCAUUGCCAUUCUCGUGGUGUUAUUCAUCGGGACAUCAAAGGAUCAAAUCUUUUGGUUGAUGGAAACGGUGUUCUAAAAGUUGCUGAUUUUGGUUUGGCUACCUUUAUUAAUCCUAGACAGAGGCGACCACUUACUAACCAUGUAGUAACUCUUUGGUACCGACCUCCUGAACUUCUUCUAGGCUCUACAGAUUAUGGAAACACAGUGGAUCUAUGGAGCGUGGGAUGCGUGUUUGCUGAAAUGAUUUUUGGAGAGCCUAUAUUUCAGGGGAGAACUGAGGUGGAACAACUAUAUGAAAUUUUUAGACUUUGUGGUUCACCAUCUGAUGAGUAUUGGAGGACAUGCAAGCUGCCUUGGGCAGCUAUCUUCAAAUCCCAACAGCCUUAUGAGCAUCGUCUUACACAGACAUUUAAAUUUCUCCCACAAAGAAAUUUGAAUUUGUUGAAUAUGCUCCUUUCUGUUGACCCUACCAGGAGGGGCACUGCAAGAGCUGCUCUUGCAUCUGAGUACUUCCUCACAAAACCAUACGCAUGUGACCCAUCAAGCAUCUCAAAUACUGAGGAGGAUUUUAAACACCAUGAAAUGGAGCGCAGGAGAAGAGGUGGGAAAGCACAUGGAUAGUUAUGUAUGAUUAUGAAAGGAGAAUUGGAGCUGGGAAAGCACAUGGAUAUGGAAGUUUUUCGGGCUUCCAAGAAAUGGAUGAGGACCAGAAUCUUGCAGCUCCUCUGCGCGGUACUUCUACUGCAACUAAUCUUCAUAUAAAAGCUUUACUCCAGCAAAACUCACAAGAGGUUACUUUCUAUAAUGAUGUUGUAGUGCCUCUGUAUGAGCUUACAGAAACUUGGAUGGUUGGAAAUGAUAAAGAUUGGUGACUUCAAACAGGCACAGGCGGUUGUCUAGAGCAAAACUGAGCUUGGGAGGAAAGUAGGUUCAAUCAGGUUGAAUUCAGAGCUGGCAAAGCAUAAUAAUGCUAAAUUUUGCAAUUGAAGAUGCAACGGGUUUUACUCAAUUUUGAUCACCGGUGCUACUUUUUACCAACAGUUACACUUGCAAUUUUCCAAUAUAUGUCAUGGGAUUGUAUACAAUGAGACCAUUUACCAUUAAUACAAGGUAGUCACAAUUAUUUAUAACCAUCUUAUGUGAAUUUGAUAGUUUGGGUGUA